UCCAGAGCCUGCGGAGCCGCUGCCGGGGGCUCCAGCGCACCACCCCGCGACCCGGCCGGCCGCGCCGUCCUUGCGGGCGGCCCCAGAGGGGCGGGGGGAGGCGGGGCAGAGGAGGAGCCGCGGGCGCGGCGCCGCGCCGUCCCCGGCCGCCGCCCGCCCCCGUUAGACCCCGCAUGUAAACAGUCCCCGCCGGCGCGAGCCAGGACCCGGAGGGUGCCCGACUGUCCGGCCCGCCGCCACCGCCACCGCCGCCGCCGCCGCCCGGGAGCCGCGCCGCGCUGCGCCGCCCGCCUAGCCCGGGAGGAGGCUGCGGAGGAGCGAGGAGGGCGCGGCGGCGGGAGGCGGGGGAGCGGCGCGGGCGGCGCGCGGCGAGCGCCGAGGCGGAGGGAGCGGCGACGGCGGGCGCGGUGCGCCACGAUGGAUUUCCAGCAGCUGGCCGAUGUUGCGGAGAAAUGGUGCUCCAACACGCCUUUCGAGCUCAUCGCCACCGAGGAGACCGAGCGCAGGAUGGAUUUCUACGCCGACCCCGGCGUCUCCUUCUACGUGCUGUGUCCGGACAACGGCUGCGGGGACAAUUUUCACGUGUGGAGCGAGAGUGAGGACUGCCUGCCUUUCUUGCAGCUAGCACAGGAUUACAUCUCUUCCUGCGGCAAGAAGACGCUCCAUGAGGUCUUGGAAAAAGUCUUCAAGUCCUUCAGACCUUUGCUGGGACUUCCGGAUGCAGACGAUGAUGCAUUUGAAGAGUACAGUGCAGAUGUGGAGGAGGAGGAGCCAGAGGCAGACCACCCCCAAAUGGGGGUCAGUCAGCAGUAAACCCCCAAGGGCACCUUCUGGAGAAGGAGAGUGAGCCCUGUGAUACCCUGGGUGGGGUCGUGUGCUCCUGGGGUAGCACUUUGCAUUAGUACUUUGAAACAGGACAUUUGGCUCCCGGCAUCCAAAUUAAAAUGAAAUACCUUUUUAAUGACCACACGAUAUCUGAAUUUUGGUCCUGCUUUAGCGGGGUUGUCUUGGUAGCCUUUGCCACUUUGAAUCUAGAGUCCAUUUCGUGGCUGCCUGUUCUCUCUUGAGUUUAUGUUGGAGAAUUAGCAUUUGCUGACUGGAAUGCAGAGAACUCUGGAUGUAUUAAGAGUAUGUUUUGAGUCCUCACAGGUGACCUCACUGAGGAAAAGCAUGGCAGAGAAGAUACAUAGUCUGCACUUUUUAUGUACCUUUUAAGUGUCCAUAAGUGAAAGGUUUUUGCUUAUAAAGCAUGAGUUUUAAUAUCUAGUCAUUAAGCAGCAUAAGUGCAAAUACAAGGGCAGAAGAGGAUAAUCACUUAGCUUUGGAUAAGAGGGAAAGAGGCUGAGAAGCCUUAAGGAGAUUGACCAUUCCCGAGUUAGUUACCUGGGUAUUCAGCAGCUGGUUCCUGGUUAUAUAUAAAUGUUACUUGAGUGCUCAGUUGUUUCAAAACAAUGCUAAUUCCAAAGCCACUUUUAAGGUCUAAUAGUGGAAACUAUAAAUGGGAUGGAAGAUAUAAAUUAUUGACUUCUUUAAGCUGUUUAUAAAAUUAUCCCACAUGUGAAAUGAAACCUUUACCUUCUCUCUUUAUAACGAGAUGGCUACUUGUAAAAUCAUGAAAACACCCAGAAUCCAAGUAAGUGCCACUUAAACUUUGAAGCCAUAGAUAAAUUUAAUAGGAAAUAAACCAGGAUAAGAAAAAACUUUAAAAAUAUAAUGGAAUAAUUUACUUUCUUAAUCAUUUAUUCUUUAAAAAAAAUCAAAAAAAGGCUCCCUUGUGUAAUUUAUUUAAAAUUGUAAUCAAAUACAUUAAGGGACCUAAUGACAGUGAGUGAAAGUAGGAAUCUUAGUCAUGGGUAGCUUGGUUAAAAGGGGGCAUUUUAAUGAUCAAGAUACUCGCACAACUUAAUUGCUGUCAUCACUCAGCCAAAAAUGCUAACCGGGUGAUUUGGAGCACUCGUUUUCUUGGACCCUUCUGCAUCUCUGGUUCUAGUGACUGGGGUGGGGAACACCACCUUUGCAGCAUUUGAUUCCUCUGAGAAUCUGGGUUAGGAAGGUUUAAAACAUGCAUACCCAUGUUCAGUCAUCAGAGUUUCCAAUUAAAAACAAAAUAAAAGUGAAACAACAGUAACAGAGGCCACAUAACUCAUGGGAGGCUUGUAUAUCUUCUAGGCAUGUCAGGGAAAUCUGAUUGUCUUAGCAAUUUCUUUUAAAUCCAGCGGUGCUAUGAAGAGUCCUGCUGCUUGUGGACAAAUAGCGUACUGUAGUUUUAAAUCACAGGGUAGAAGAACAGAGUGGUUUCUGUCUGUGCUUCAACUACCCAUGGUUUUCCUUUCUUUUCUUGGGAAAACAUAUUAAACAUCAGUUUCAAGUCAAAUGAAUUUCCUUCAAUUAGCACAUUAGCAAAACCGGACUUAGCGUUUCAUCCACUGGCACGAGCAGGUUCAGGUCCCGCUCUUUGUGGCCCUGCCACUGUUCCCACUGGUUCAGCUCAGGAACAGAGGAGACUGAGCUCUGUGUUCUGUAGCCACCUACUGCCCAAACUUGGUGACCUCCAUUUAACACAGUAGGCUACAGAACGACCUCUACAACCUUAAUGAAGCCUGACGAGCUUCCUCUAUUCUAAGGUAAACUGGAAUUUUAUACAUAGAGGCUUCAGAUCUAAAUUUACAUGUUUGGGAGUAGAAUGGACAUUAAAAUGUAUUUUAUCAAAAAAGCAUUUAGACUUUGACCAAGUACACAUCAGUAUUAUCAUGUUAAUACUCUGUAAAAAUUGAGCUGAAACAGACUCAGGCAUUCAGUGGGCUGACAAGAAGUCUGGUCUUUGUGCUGCCCCAGCGGUAGGGGAGAGAAAACACAAUUUUCUAGGUCAGUUCCCCAAAGGCAUUAGCAAAUCUGAUUGCUUUCUCUCAAACUUUCUUUUCUCUGAUGGUUGCACAUCCCUCCCAGUGCUCUCACACAUACAUGCACACACUCCUACCCACACUGUGGACAUUCUUCUGGGGCCGUGUGACCACACAGUUUUGACAGCCUGUGGUUUGUUAUGGAAAUGAUUCCAUAGUGAGACCAAAUACGUGACUUUCCCUAGACCUUCAUAUGCCCUUGCCAGGAAGCAGCAAUGGUGUGGGAGGAGCAUCACCUGCAGUUUGGAGAGACACUGAGGUACUAGUCUUGACCCUGGCAUUGAGUGCAUGACUUUGGUGAAUCCUUAGCUAGCCUCUGAAACAGGGACAUUGCACUCUCAGCUUUAAACACCUGCCUCACAAAAUAUGUGGACAUAGGAGCAACAUCAAGGCUACUUAGAGACUCAAGAAGAAAAUGCAUUUGGAAUCUUGCCAAAGAUGCUGCCCUUAGGAUGCCAGACAUGGGGCUGCCUUAGAACAUGUUGGCCAGGACGGGUUCCUGCAAGUCGAGGGUAAAGCGCAGACAUGCUUGUCUCAGUUGUAUGUGCUCUGCCUUGGAGCUAGAGCUUCUUUUUGUGCCCUGACAUUGGAGGGUUGGCAGGUAGUAUAGUGUUAACUGAGGGGAGUUUUGCAUGAAGAGUAGCUGGAGGAGAGUGAAAGAAUGAGUACUUUUGACUUUCUUGCUGUAUCAUUCAGGAGAGAGAAAGUGACAGUGAAAGUACUGUAAGCAAGUGAAUGAGUGUGUGGGGAAAGAGAGAAUGAGAAAAUGAGAAUGUGGGGGAAUGAUUGAUGGCAAGCUGUGAAAGACAGAAUCAUGCCUGUGCUAACAUUAUAAAACCUUGAUCCUUAGUUUGAGUGAAUCAUGGGGACGUUUUUCUCAUGGCUGCCUGGUUAUUUUCCCCUGCCUGAUGAUCACAUCAAGCAGGCUUCAUGAGUGAAUCAUGGAACCAGGGAGGGGAAUGAAGCCCUACACAGUGCCUGGCACCACCAGGCAUUCGGUUACACUGAGGUGCCUACUUGUGUCUCCCAGGCCUACAAGCACCACGUGGUACAUUUUGUUUUUCCACAACCAGAGCACAAAAAGUCUGCUAUGUAGGAAGCUUCUCCUUGUGUCUUGGUGCCAGAAUUGGGUUUCCAGUAUAUUGAAAUGAGAACGUCUGUCCACUGGUAGUGAACGCCAUUGUUCAUGUACAGACAGAAACUGUUCUCUAGCACAAUGCACAUCCGUGAAUAUUGUUUCAGUGUCAGAAGAGCACAAAGUGUGGUCCAGGGAAGCAGAGAUCCCAGAGCGUCAUUGCAGCUUAGGUUUUAGGAGCCAGCUUUGCAUAUUAAAAUUCAUGACUUGGGAAACUGGCAUGAACAAACCUGGUUUCCCUCAGUGAGAAGCAUGUAGGAACAGACAGGACUUAAUGUGGGCUGGGAGGAGCUGAAUAGAGACAGUGGUGGGAGAGUUAGGUCUUAAAGUCAGGUUUGAGUUGUUUAAAAAAAAAAAAAUGAGAUGGUCUGUGGAGACUGACAGUUAA